AUGGAAGGUCUUCCAAUAAUCCCAAUGCUUGCUCCACAAUUUCGUGCAUCAACUCUCAGCUACGACAAUAUUACGAGAUUCGAUUUUCGAACCAAAGUCAAAGAGGUAUCAUUUUGAAAUCUGAGUUUUUUUCCAACGGGAAGAUAUCGAUUUUUCCAGUACAUCCUGCUACAUUUCCAAGCCGAUCCACAUGCUUAUGAUGAGGCGUUUCGUGAGUUGUCUGAUAUGAAAUUUGUGAGUUUUGAGAACACAAAUCCUAUUAUUUCUACAUAAGUAGUAUAUGUUUAAUUUUAGGAAGCCAACAAUCCAUCCGCAACAAUUGAAUCAUCUUGUAAAAUGAAGCGAUAUUUUGGACAAUUAUGUAUGAUUCAAAAACGAUUUCCAAUGUCUGCUGGACAAGAACUCGAAACACCAUUUGCCUGGUAUAUUAUUUUUUUGCGAAAUUUGAAUUAAAAAAAAUAAUUUCUGUACAGGUUCGACAGUUUGAGUGAUAAUCGACACCCAAACAAUGAAAUAACCCAUGGAGAUAUCGAGUUUGAAAAAGCGUCAGUGAUGUUUAAUAUUGGAGCAGCGCAUGCGCAAAUUGCAGCAAAUGCUGAUAGAGAAACUCAAGAUGUUAGUGCUGGGGUUUUUAUUUUCGAAAAAAAACAGAAAUUUUCAGAGCAUCAAAAAUGCUUUUAUGCAUUGUCAAUACGCCGCAUAUGCUUUUGAACAAUUGAAAAAUGAGAGAUAUGAGGAUAUUUUCUACCCAUCAGUUGAUUUGGAUCCACAAGUUGUAUUGUUUUUGGAGAAACUUAUGUUGGUAAGGUUUAGAUCUAUUUUCUAUAUUCCCAGUAGUUUUGAAGCGCUAACGAUGUCUAAAAUAGCAGAACUCAACUCCUAUUAUCGAAAAUCUCAUCGGUACCACGUGCUCCACCGAAAUAAACACGCAACGCAGACCGCGUCGCGCCACAACAGACACAAAUAAGGGAACGAUCCAAAUUCCCUCCCUUUUUUGUGUAUGUGUUGUGGCGCGGCGCGGUCUGCGCUGCGUAUUCAUUUCGGUGGAGCGCGUGGUACCGAUGAGAUUUUCAAUAAUAGCAUGAGUUAUGACGUGGCAAAGUUCAGAAAUUUCGAGAAAUCACGAUGAAAACUAGCAUCAAUAAUCAUAUUCAAGCAGAUAUUGAUUGUUCGGGAGGAUCGAUAACAUAAGUUCAGAAUCUGAUUUUUUCUGAACAACGAUCAGAUUUGCUUGAAAAUCUAUUUUGGAUGCUAGUUUUCAUCGCGAUUUCUCGAAAUUUUCCACGUCAUAACUCAUGUUAGGAGUUGAGUUCUGCUAUUUUAGACAUCGGAAUAGUGAUCAGCGGGUCAAAAACUACUAGAACACAUAUAUUUAAUUCAGAAUCAAAAUCUUUUAGGCUCAAGCCCAAGAAUGUUUGGUUCAAAAAUCAUUGCUCGACAAUCGCUCACCAAUUGUAAUUGGCAAACUUUCCUAUUGGCUCUAUCAAACCUACGAGGAGAUGAUAACGAUUUGCGAAGAUUGGAAUGUCAACAUUUCCGAACGAAUUCAGCGAGUUUAUAUCGGCAUUUGUCGAAUCAAAUCGGAUUUGUAUGCGACAAUUGCGUAUUUAUCGAUGGGUGACAAUGCGGAAAGUGAGACGAAGAAAAUGGGAUAUCGAUUGCAAUAUUAUAAUAUUUCGUUGAAAUAUAUGAAAAAUGUGUUGAAGAUUAAGGGAUUGACCGAAUAUCAUCCCGAAUUUUUGCCGGCUAUUUCAUUUUUGAAUGAUGUUAUCACUGCGAAGUUGGUUUUUUUGGGGAGGGGCAAAUCGGGACCAUCGUUAUUGAUUUCUUAGAAAAUCAAAAUCCGAAUACAUCUGA